CGACAUUCGAGAAAGAACUAUUCACAGGCAGGGAUACGCAAGUUAGCUCCCGCAUGUCACGCAUGGUGAUUGGGUGCGCGUCCGCAGUGAGUGGCUUUUGGGGUGAUUCGUUUCUGCGAUGUGCUGCCACUCAGCGCUUGUCACUGGCACUCUGGAGAGGAGGGGCGCACUUCAACCGCCUGCAAUGGAUGCCAGCGCUGGGGGCUCGUUCGAUGGCUCGGCUGACAGACCUGGCAGCGGGCCAACCGCUGGCGACCACACGGCCAGACGGCAGAGCUGGGCGCUGGGCAGAGCUUGUCGGGAGGGCCUGCCUUUAAACGGGGUUAUCCCGCCGCACUCAAGCUUCCUGCAUCGCAAAACUAGAGGCUGAGGUCCUGCAUAUCCAUCGUGAACGACGGCCUUCUUGGUCCUGGGACCGCCCAGCGACGACUAAUUGACGACGCAUUUCGCCU